AUGUUAUGUGAAUUAUUUCAUAACAAAUUGAAAACAGUUUAUAUGGAAAGACGACCUAAUAAAAGGAAUGUUGAUUUUGAUAAAUGUAUUAGUAAAUGUUCAUUAACUCAGUACACAGUUAAAAGUCAAUCAAAAGAUGUAACAUACAAUGUUGACAUUCUAACUGAAGCUUGUAAGGAAAGUUUGUGUUUGGAGUCAUGUAUAAAUCCAGCCUGUAAUGGUUUGUGUGAGCAUUUAUAUAGGUGUAGUUGUAAUGACAUUGUAAUUCUUUACAAGCAUGUUCAUAAGUUACAAUCAUUUCUUCUGAGAUCUCAAGAAAAAAACUGCCCAAAAGAAUCUUUAGCUGUUGGUACAGGUAAUAAUCAAGUGAAGCAAAAAUCUCAAACAUUUAUUAAUGAGUCUGAAAGGUUUCAAAAAAAUAUUGAUGAACUAUCUACAUUAUUUUCUCAUCUCAUGAGAAUAAAUUUGCAACUUCCUUCAAUAAACAGACAACUGGAAGACAUGAUUAGACAAGCUGAAGCCAUCAAAAAUAUUAAUUUAAUUGAGAUACCUACAGAGCCAACAUCACACAAUAACCUUUUAAAUUUUGAACCAAAUAAGAAGUUGGAUAAUCAAUGGCAGCCUAAUAAAUUUAAGAGAACAAGAAAAGGAAAUAGGAAAAAGGAAAUAAAAUCAUAUUCAAUAUCCUGCACAAAACCAAAAAGAGGAGAUAGUUCUGAAAUUGUCUCAGCAACAUGUUGAUCUAAUUCAUGAUAAGCAAAAUACAAGAGUAUGCGAUAACAUUGAACCAAGUGAUUUCACUAACACUCUCAUUACGCAUGGCGCUCACCAACUAUCUUUUAUUUCCCUUUUAACAUUAGAAAACAUUAUACCAUCUGACGUUUUGUUUAAUUUAAAAAAAAGCACUCCAAGUUUUCAAAAAGGCUGGCUUCAAGAUGAAGUAAUAGGAGGUUUUCUGCAUUGCUUAGAAAAAAGGUACCCUUUAAUUAAAUAUUUAGGUCCAACUGAAGCAUUAGCUUUCAGCUGUUCAAGAAGUUUAAGGCUUUUAUGGAAAGAUGUUGAUACUAAAGUUAUAGAACAAGUUUUUAUUCAUUUUAACCCAACUAAUUCUCAUUGGAUUUUAAUACAUCUAAAAGUUAUAACAAAAGAAGUAACUCUACUUGAUCCACUCCAUUGCAAUAUUAUGCCAAAUAAUUUAUCACACAAUAAAUCCAUUGCUGUUGCUAAAGACCUUUUUAGACUAAAAUUUAACAUUUUAAACCCAACUGUUAUUUCAGCCCCAAGUCAUUGUUUACAGAAGGAUAGUUACAACUGCGGUGUUUACGUAUGCUAUUAUGCAUUACAUCUUUGUGAAGGUAUCCCUAUUUUUCAAUAAUAUAUUGUAUAAUAUAUAUUCAUAUGUUAGUA